GACAACUGUGGCGCAGAAAUGUUGGUGAAGAAUCCAGUUCAUCAUUCGAGUACAACACAUGUCGAUGUCCUGCACCAUUUCAUCCGGGAAUGCAACAUGUCUUCCUUUGUCGUCAUUUCCUAUAUAUACAACGCGUCUGACUCUACGGCUCUUCGUCCAGCGAACCGACGAGUUGUCGUAGUCGUCAUAGUUCCAUAUAACCCACUCCUCCGAAACGUACAGAUCCUGAACUUCAGGGCGUUUGGGAACCCAGUCCACACUGGGGAGCCGUGCAACUCCGACUAA